AUGAUGAAUACGAGGAAAGUGGCUCCUACUGAUUAUUACGAACGUCAUACGAUGCCUCGAAAAAUCAUCGUAAAGCGACCAGCACAACCAAAAACAAUAUCCUCCAAAGAUUUCGCUGUGACAUCGACGGCUAACACAACUACUGGAUCAGCAACAACAACUGUUAGUACAGCUACUACAUCAGCAUCAACAACUGUUGGCGCGGCUAGUACAUCAGUAUCAACAACUGUUAGUGCAGCUACUACAUCAGUAUCAACAACUGUUAGUGCGGCUAGUACAUCAGCAUCAACAACCGUUAGCACGACUAAUGCAGGUGAGUGA